GGUUUUGCAGAUAGAGAAAGUGCAAUGGCGUUGAGUUCCAGAGGUAGAAGAGCCACAGAGUUUGGGGUUGUUUCUAGGAAAUGGAAAGAGAGAGAAAUAAGCCCCGAAAGGAAUAAAAUCUGGAUUGAACCCAAGUCUCUCACCAGCAAUGCUCAAAGGAAAGUUUUUGUUGUUUACUACUUGUCUAGAAAUGGCCAGCUUGAACACCCUCAUUUCCUGGAAGUUCCUCUCUCUUCUAGUCAUGGACUUUAUCUCAAAGAUGUAAUCAACCGCCUAAACCUACUUCGAGGCAAAGGCAUGGCUACCCUAUACUCUUGGUCAUGUAAACGGAGUUACAAAACUGGUUUCGUUUGGCACGACUUAGCAGACAACGAUUUUGUCUAUCCAUCUAACGGUCAAGAAUACGUUCUCAAAGGAUCCGAGAUCCUCGACCAUUCGAUCAGCACCCAAUCCCUCGAAGUAAAGUCAUCUUCUUUUAGAUUAACAAAACCAUUGGACGGUCAAAACCCCGACAAAGAUCGUGACUUUCCGUCAACCAGACGACGGAGGAAUCAGUCGUGGGGUUCCAUUGAUCUCCACGAAUACAGAGUUUAUAGGGCCGAGUCAAGCUCCGAGUCAGUUCGGGGACUCGCUGCUGAUGCAUCGACUCAAACCGAUGAUAAGAGAAGGCGAAAGCCGGUGGUUAAGCAAACGGAGAUCGAGGAGGUGCAAAGUAGAAGUCAAGAGUUGGAGCAGAAGCAGACAUCGGAGCUUAACAGAGAAGAGAUUUCACCUCCGCCGUCGGAUUCUAGUCCCGAGACAUUGGAAUCACUGAUGAAAGCUGAUGGACGGCUGAGGUUGUGCAAUGGUGGUGGUGGUGGUGGUGGGAACGAAGAUAACUUGUGUUGGACGGCUGAGGGUUCCCAGAGUGGUCGAAUGAAGGCGUCUUCUGUUUUGAUGCAGUUGAUAUCCUGCGGUUCGAUCUCCUUCAAGGAUUGUGGACCGAGCUCAGAGGGGGAUCAAGGGUUAUCCUUGAUUGGGCACUAUAAAUCAAGGCUACCUCGUGGAGCAGGAGAUUGUAGCCAUGUGAGGAAAGAAACUGGGAUUGAAAGAGAUCUUGGGAGCUUCUCAAGGGUAAGAUUGGAAGAUAAAGAGUACUUCAGUGGGAGCUUGAUUGAAACCAAGAAAGUUGAAGUUCCUUCCUUGAAGAGAUCUUCUUCUUACAAUGCUGAUAGGAGGGUGCAGUUGCAGUUGGCCGAAAAGGAGAUCGAUGGAGCUCGUUCCAAGUGCAUACCGAGGAAGUCGAAAGCUGUGCUAACGAAGAAAGAAGGUGUCAGGAACGGGGAUAUCGGCUGCAAAAGUGGAAGCAAUAGUCAAGUGGGAAGCAAAAGGCAUGAAGUGUAGAUCAUCAUUGUGCAUUGGUGAUUUGUAGCAUAGGAAUAUGAAUUGUUUGUUUGUAGUUUUUGUAACAGAACAGAGAGAAAGAUUGCAAGGCACGGCACGGCACGGUGAGAGGGAACAGUAGGG